AUGUCGACCUCUCAACUCUGGGCUCCUCAACCACAGCGCCCACAGGCACAAUCCACAGCCGACCGUCUCAGCUCAUCGCCAAACAUGCUCCCAGGCACCUGGCUCCAGCUCUCACCAGUCACUGGCUCAUCGCUCCCAUCGCCAGUCCUCAAGGCCGACGCCAGCCCAGUCAACCUCAAGGACAUCGACACCAGGUUCCUGUCCAACAACACAUCAGCAUCACGUCACGAGUCGUUCUCAUCCCAGGGUUCGGUUGAUCCGAUGAGGCGACCACUGGUUAGCUCGGUCAACUCGCCGGAUAUCGAGAGGCGUGAGGUUGCGAUCCGGUCGGGACGUAUUGAGGCUGCGUUUCGCGAGUGA